CAGAUGUCAGAGCUGGCAGCCCCUGUCCAUCAUACCAGCGAGGACUCCGAGGCCCACAGGCAGGAUGGGGCUUGCCUAGGUGGGCACUGUGGUACUCAGAAGCCAGGCAGCGGGGGUGGGCAAUGUUUCCACAAAGGCACCAGACCCGAUGGGUCUCUUUCCUGGCGUUGGAAUUGUAGCACCCAAAGAGGGCCUGGCACAUAGUGGGUGCUGAAUUGUGCAAGGAUCGAGGGAGUUGUAUGGCAAAGGGUCAGAGGGAGCUGGCCUGUGUCCUGGCUCUGGCACAGGUUGUAAUGCAUUUGGCCAGUGACUUUUACCUUCACGAGCCUCACCUUGUAAAAUGAAGACUUAAUGAUAUGCAUGUGGUUGGAACAAUGGUGGACCCCCAGUAAGCAUUACAUUAAUUCCUGACAGGGACGAGGAGGGUUCCAGCUCUUAAUCGCGGCCCUGUGCUGUUGAUCGCAGUGCCUGGUGCUUGGUAAAUGCCCCCCAAAAGUUAUUUAAGAAUUGGUAUUCUAGAAUCAGAAGACCCCGGUCCCAUUCCCAACCCCCAUGUACUAGCUGGAGGCCUUGGGCCAGUGAUUCAUCCUCUCACUGCCAAAUAUAGAUAGUAAAGGGAUUCUCAUUUUCUGGCUGUUGAGGAUUUUAUGAAAUACUCCAGGAGGAGAAUUUAUUCAUCUUGGCAGCGAUGAAUAAAUGUUAACUAAAAUAAGGCAUUUACACCGGGCCUGGCACAUUAUUGCCCCUGUGGGACUAUUACUGGUGAUGCCUCAGUGCCUUGGGCAUGCUGAGGGAUGUAGAGGAGAGAGCAACGCGUUGAGAAUGAUCCUUUACCUGUCCUGCCAAAGGUCAAGUCCCGAAAUCAGAGCCGAGCCCAUGGCAAGCAGCAUCUUCCAGACCGGUCUCAGCCAGUCCAUGACGUGGGAGCUAUCAAAGGACAUCAUGGCUCUGAAGAAAGCCUUUGAGGCAGGGAACCUGCCAGUAGCGGCUGCCAAGUUGCAGGCCACACUUCGUUCACUGGAGGACGUCAGGCUGGACAUCGGCAUUACCGGGGGGACAGGCUCAGGCAAAUCGACCUUUGUCAAUGCCAUCCGGGGGCUGGGAGACGAGGAACCCAACUCAGCCUGCACGGGUGUGGUGGAAAUGACUGUGAACCCCACACCGUAUCCACACCCCAAGUACCCCAACGUCAUCUUCUGGGACCUGCCGGGCGUAGACGCGCACACCUUCCAGGCCGACGACUACUUCCAGAGGGUGCUGCUGGGCCGCUACGACUUCAUCAUAUUCAUCACCUCGGACAGCUUCACUGCCAACCACGCCCGGCUGGCCCGCGGGAUCCUGCGGCAGGGCAAGCGCCUCUACUUCAUCCGCUCCAAGGUGGACGUGGACCUGGCUGCCUCGCGCAGCCGCCGCCCCAGCACCUUCUCUGAGGAGAGGGUGCUCAGCCAGAUCCAGGCCGACUGCUGGCAGCGGCUGGCGGGUGAGACGCAGGCGCUGGGGGGCUGGGGUGGGCGGAUUCUUGAGGGACUGCCUGCCCUUGUCCCUGCAUCUUCCAGCUGAGGUCCAAGUGGGAAAGGGGUCAC